AUCAAGAUCGGGCUGGUCACUGAGAAGUCGUGGUACAGAGGCUUCUGGAAGACAGGCCCAGAGUGCGUCGUCCACCAGGCCGACUACGACAAGCUCAUAGUGAGCACCACAGACAACGAUAAGCUGAGUGCAGUGGUGGACAAGAUUGACUCCGUCUUCAAGCCAGUAGUUGAUAAAGUCAAUUCGACAGCGUACCGGGUCUCCAAUUGCACGUCAGUGAGGGUUAACGCGAAUCUGACAGCGACAAGGUGCGACCUGCUCAACGGUCCGCUGUUCAACUUUUCGUUCUCUCAGGACAUGUGCGGAGUUGAGUUCAACGGCCAGGGAUGCAGCUCAAAUGAAGAGUUGGGACAGAUUCUGGAGCCUGUGGAGGAGGGCGACAGCGUCGGUGUGAUGAAGACCAUCCCGUACGUGCCGUACGCGCUAAUUUGGAUCGGAUCUUCAAGCUCGUCUGGAUACCUGGUUAUUACAUAG